AACACAUGCGUGUGGUUUGUGAAUAAAGAGAGAGAGAGAGAGAGAGAGAGGUAUGUUGUAAAAGAUAGGAAAGUAGAGGGAGCGAGAGAGAUUGCGAGAGAGAGAGAGAGAGGAGAGAGAGAGAGGAGAGGAGAGAAUAGUAGAACGACGUCGAGCAAGUCGGCCUGUCUGUCGGUUAUUGAUUGGCAGAGGUCGAGACCAGAGGGAGAGAGGUGCUCGCGGCGCUGUCAAGCUGUACGACACACGGAAGAGGAUACCAGGAGUUUAUCUUUCCUGGAUAACGACGAAUUCUUUGAUAUAUUUCACCAACACACUUAUAUAUCCUUCUUCACGAAUAUUCGAGGAGUUGCCAAUAAAGACCAAGUCCAAUGGGAAGCGAGAAACCCUAUUGGGGUCCCUUUGUGUCUGUUCCUGAAAACAGCCCUCUCUAUCCUUACGAAAUGCGCCCCUGAGUUCGAAAGCUGCCGUUAAGGCCGGCGUUGUUGGUGCUGCUGCUGCUGUUGCUGCUGCUACGACGAACACGUGCGAACGGAUGGACGGAUGAGCGAGCGUAUGCUGGAAGCAGUGGGAGUGGGAGGAAGGGCGGCAGGGAGGUAAAGAGCAAGAGAUAGAGAGAGAGAGAGAGAGUGAGAGAGGAUCGGUAAGGGGAGAAGAGGAGGUGUUGGGAGGAAGAGAGAGUGUGCGCGAGUAUACACACCUACGCGCUCGCACUCACGCACAAAGAACCUUCUUCGUCGUCGUCCAUCCGUCGUCAUCGUCUUCGUCGUUGGACGUAGCCUGGUUGGGUGGAGAUGGGGCGGUGGGUUGGGGAGUGCCGGAGGAUGAAGAGGGGUUGGGGGAGUGGGAGGGGGAGGAGGAGGUGGGAGUCGAGAAGAAGGGGACGGGAAUGGGUAGGGAACGGAACGGAACGAAUGGGAAGGGAAGCGGGGUGCGGAGGGGCGGGCGCUAGGCUGGGGGAGGAAAGGGGAGGAAGAAGAGGAGGAGGAUGGGGGGAGGAACAGGCUCGGCUGCUCCCCCUAAUACUGCAGGAUUGAAUGGGCGAGAAGGGUAGUAUUGGGUUCCCUCACCCCACUCCCACCACCCACACAGCGCUCGAGCUCCCAAGCCACCCGGAGCCACCCACUUCUGUCCGCCUGCCACCCCGCCUGCCCACCCACUCGCCACCCGACUGCCGUCGAGGAAACAACCUGCAACCGAACUCAGCAUAACGUUUUCUCCAACAAGCAUUUCCAUCCCAGGUAGAAGGGCCCUGUAUAACACCGGCGAGGGAAGGAUUAUUGUUCCAAGAAUAGUGGCGAACCACUGACGACCUCAAAGAUGGAGGGUAGCGGUACAGGAGUUGGCAGGAUGGACACCUACGAGGAUAUGUUCAAGGAAAUUACUCGAAAGCUUUACGGAGACGAUCCCGAUCACAGAAGUACGUCUAACUUAUCCUUCGCGAAAGACUGGAACUGGAAUUUAAACUUAAUUAAGUUUAUCAAAACUUCGAGCGUCCAAAAUGAAUUCGAGACAUCCGUGUCAUACAAGAACGACGAUGAUACCGGAAAUGGGACGGAUGGAAGCGACGAAGGUAAUUGGACUUGCGAGGAAGAACCCCUUAAAGGCACCGACGGUAGCCGAAUAGCUGCUUAUCAUGCCGGCAAAGCUACAUGGAGAUGUUACGAAUGCGGUGAAAUUUCGGGUGGUGGACCACGAGAAGUCGCCGAACAUUUUAUGGAAUUACACUCGUCGAGAAUUUUACCAGACGAUACAAGAAUUAGGCAUCAUUUACCUCGAAAGGAUUAUAUGCAAAACGAGUUAAAGAUAGAAGAUGUAAUAACUUAUUUGGAAAGAUUAAGAGAACGCGCGGAAACAGCCGCACCACCUUCCCGAAGAACUCAGGAAACCCAAACGAUACCUGCCGCCUUAUUGCCGGUGUCCUCGACUUUUCUUUUACAAGAAUUACCGUCCGUCCCAGCGCCGCAACAUUUACACCAGAAUUCCCCAACGAUGUCAUCGGUCACAUCUUCUAUCGGCAAGAGAUACUCAUGUCCGUAUUGUCCUUACGGAACCGACAGACGCGAUUUAUACACGCGUCACGAAAAUAUUCAUCGCGAGGAAAAGCCUUUCCAUUGUUAUAUAUGUUUCAAACCGUUCAAUCGUGCCGAUCACGUGAAGAAACAUUUUCUUCGGAUGCAUCGUGAUCAAGUUUACGAUAUAACCAAAAUAAGAAAAAAUAAUGCAAACGCUUCCAAGUCUUUGCAACAGGAUUCGAACUCGACGUCUACCGGUAAUGGUGCUAAUGGUCAACAGCAACAGCAGCAGCAACAACAGCAGCAGCAGCAACAACAACAGCAGCAGCAGCAACAACAGCAGCAGCAGCAGCAACAACACCAGCAACAACAACAACACGCCACUUAUACGCCUGGUUACAGCGGUAAUAAAAAUUAUCAAUUGCAACCUAAUCCUGGAACUGGUACUACGGCGGGUACGGCUGGAAUCUAUCAAGCAACGUCUAUGCCGGCACCUGGUAUUAUGCAACCAGACGUAAACAAUUGUGGGACGAGUAGAAGAAUGUCAAAUGGUGGAUGCAACAGUAAAAGCCAUCUCAAGGGAAGUUCGAAAGGAUCCCAAGACCGCAGUAGAUACGUGUGCAAUUUUUGUCCAUGGAGUGGGGUUGACAAUUGGUGCUUAAAACGUCACCUUAAUACGCACUUGAGGCCAUUCGCUUGCUCACUUUGCGAGUACAAAGCAGCGCGUUCCGAACGUCUGACGACGCACGUGCUCAAAGUUCACAACAGAAGUCAAUGUUCCAAAUGUUCCUACGUCGCGCUAGACGCAGCGGAGUUGCAAGUACAUCAAAUGCAAAUGCACCGCGGUACCAAUGCUUCGAAUUCACAAGCUACGAGUUCGGCGGCACAAGCAGCAUCGCUUCCAACCAAUCGUCAACAACAACCCAUUCAUCCUACUGCUGGAGGACGACCACCACCUGGACCACCGGUUUUCCCUGCCCCGGCACCAGCUAUCACACCUGCCACCACCGUAAUACCACCAACUACAUUACUCGGCCACGAGAUGGUAAAGUCACCUGCAACUGCAGCGACUAUGGCAUACCCGUUGGAGGAGGAGAGGAGGCGAAGGUCGAGAGGUCGAGAAGACCUCGAAAACCUCGAGCAUGGCAACGAGAAGGGCAAGGACUCGGGCGAAUGUGGUCGCGUCAGCGAUUCGAUCGAAAAAACGAACGUUCAUUCGGUUUCUCGUGAUCAUCGUCAUAAAUCGAUCUUAUCAUCUAAUCGUCAUUUUACGUGCAGCACCGACGAGAACAAUCCGUUUCCAUUGACCUCGGAACUACUUUAUGGACGUUUAACCGACGAGGACACGAGACAACCGGAAGAAAGAAGAUCAAGGAAGCAACGAAAACCAAGAAGGUCUGUCCGUGGGCUUCAUGUUACCGAUGAACAAUCUCCGGAGAACUUAUCAUCCAAUAAUGGUAAUCGUAAUGCGUCAGGAUCUAGAAUACAACGGAAACGUAGCUUCGAUGAGACCAAUGAUUAUCAAACCGACGAAGGGCAGACCGAAGAAGGGUCCUACGGUAGUUCGAUCAGCGAAGCUUCACCCGAAAAUUUUGUUGGCGAAGAUUUGUUAGACAUGUCAGCCUCAUCGAGAUUUCUCGACAACCGUAUGUCUCAACUUAAUAUGUCAGCAUCCAACUCUAGCCCUUCUGAUAACGCCGGUUCUUCCUAUACAAAUUCUUUGACGAAUCAGAAACUCUUGGGACAGUACAAAAGUGAGGAAACUGAGCAAAAUGUGAGCACCAAGAAGAGACGUUCCAAAAAGAAUAGCAAUCAGGCGGUCCGUAAUUACCAAUCUGUCUCUUCGGUUACGCUCAAGGCCACACUUUUUACCAAUCCUAGAUACAAUUUUAAGAGAUAACGUUGGGUGCUUAUCUCGAAAUUUAGAAUUAGGAUAUUUGCGAAAUUGAUCUUUUACUUUUAAUUAUAAGAUAAGUUAAAGAAGAUGAUUAUUUGAACAAUAUUAACCAUUUAACGCGAAACGCUUGAAUAUUCAUUCAUUUUUCUUUCUUUUUUUCGAAACAAGCGUAAAAAGUAAUCACUUCUUUUUAUUUUGUAACAUUGUAUUUUAUUUUUUUUUUUUGGACUUCUUCAUGUAGAAUAUCUUUAGUUGUAGGAACAAAAGGCAAAAAAAAUAUCAUGAAAAUGAUACUCGUGUGGGGGAUAAAAUUAAAAAAAAAAAAAAAAAAAAUUAAAAAUUGGGAUAAAAUUAAAAAAAAAUUUUA